GUGGUAAUUUAACUGAAAGUCUAAAGGCGGCUAUAUUAUGUUUGAACGGUGUACAUUGUUCUGUUACCAGGUUGGGCGUUUGGCAUGAACAGAUUGGUUUUACAAAUUGAAAGUAUUAUGAGGAAAUCAGAAAGCUGAUUGACUUUUUAAAACAUAAUCAUCUUGCUUGGUGUACUUCCUAGCACUAAUUAAUGCUAGUAAGUCCUUAAACUGUAGUUUGAUCAUCGUUCCUGUAUGCGCAUUGCUCUUUGUUUUCCAGACUAUUGCUGAACAUUUGACUGAAGACUAUUAGCACUUCAAAAUGCCAAACACACGGAUCGAUGCUUACUUCAGAGUCAAUAAAACACCUCUCAGUGGCAGAAGAGCUAAACGACUAGUCGUAGAAAGAUCACCAGAAACAGAGGUUGCUCCCAAUGCUAAAAGACCAGCUCACAAACGCUUUGCACAUCUUACUGAGCCCGUGGAUGAACUGGGUCGUAAAGAUCAGGUUAAAGAAGUACCGGAUGAUGAUAUCAAGCAAGAAAUUCGAUCUGUGGGCCAGAAUGAGACUCCUCUUAUUAUUGGUAAGACCCCUGUGCAAUCUAAACGGCGUGUAGGACAAAGAAAGGUGACAAAGUUGAAGUCUUCUGAAACUCCAAUCGUAAAGGUGAAAAACGACUCAAAAGCACCAGCAUUUGAACGAUUCGCCUACCUGACAGAGCCUGUCUCUUCACGUUCUGAAUCACAACCAAAAGAACCAAAGACUGUCGCUGAGACGAUUGAGACUGUUGCACCUACAGAAGAUCCAUGUUUAACGCAGACAGAUUUGACAAUUCCUGUUGGCCUUGUUCUUCCUCAUAACUUACGAAUAUUGUUAGAACUUUUUCGCAGCUGCGAUACUGUUGUCAGCAUGCUGCAUAACCGGAAAGAACUAUGUAGUUUUGAUAAAAUUCAACCAGCAGUUCAAGAAAUAGUACGCAGGAAUUUUCAGGAAGAAAAUGUUGGCCAAUUCCUAACUGUCUAUCCAAUGGUGUAUUUCCUUCGCUAUGAGAAACAGUUAGACAAGUUUACACGUCGGCCCACUGGAAAUUAUGUGCUUGUACUGUCUCCUAAUUUGCGUACCGAUGGAACACAGGCAGGACAUGAUUCACCAUCGAAAGGAUUUCUACCAUUUAGUGGGACACGAUUAAUUCAACGUCGAAAUCGCUUUCAUUCAUCGUUGAUCAAUCUAGUUUUCAAAGCGCAUCGGGAAUUCCUAAUCUCACAGCUUGGAGUUGAUCCUUCCCAACUACCAGAAGAUUCAGCAUUACGUCGAUGGCAUCCUAAAUUCCCUUUAGAAUCUGCAGUCACCUGUAUUCCGUCUACACCGUUACCAGUUCGACCAUCUGAAUCUCAACAGAAGAUUACAACAGCUAAAGAAGCUGUGAAAGCAUUCCAAGCACGUGCCUUGUUUCGCGAAGCUGACGCGUGCAAUCAGAUAUCACUUAAUAAACAGCAACAGUUAUCGCCUAUUCCUAGUCCAAAAAAGUCUGCAGCGUCCUCCCCAAUGAAAACACUAAAUGCUUCCACUAACAAUUCAGUGUCUACAGCAAGUAUUCUUGCAAGAAUAAAGGAUAGUUCUGAAAAUUCGAGUAAAGUAUUUGUUCCUUCUAACUCAGCUAAUCUAAAGGGAAUAUCUCAGGCGCUUAUAAAUAAGGUUCGCGCUCGUGAAAAUGAACGACGUCUCCUAACUGAACUCACUUACGGCAAAGUUCCAGAGGCACGUCGAUCUGUAUACUGUCGCCUGCCUAUGAUAAUAACUCAAGUUUGGAGUAUUUUACGAUCUUCCAAUUCCCGACCUGUUCCAUUGUCGACUGUCGCUGUUCGUGUGGCUGAUGCUCAUCCUAGUGGACUUUCAGCAGAUGUUAUCACUGAGCACUUAAAUGUCCUGUUAGAACUAGCACCAUGUUGGAUUGAGAAAUUAAAUUGGUCUACUCCUCAUCUUCGGUUAAAAGAUCCUGGACGAUCUGUGAAAGAUGUAAUUGAUUUGAUCAAGUCAAAAGUUGCCAAGGAGGGCGUGAACAUUUAAAGUUCUUACUAUUAUUUUUCUUUCUGUACUCAAUGUAUGUAUGUAUACUUCUGCAUUUAUUUAUUUCCACAGGAUCUCAUAUUCCUAUUAUUUUACUUAUUUUGGGCACAAUGCAUUUAUGUAUUACUUCUUUCGUGUAUUGUCUCCUGUGAAUGCUAUAUAUUUUUAUUAUAUAAUAUGACUACAG